AUGGACAAUAAUGCCCUCGCUUCUCCAAAAACUUUUGCUUGCGGUGGAUCCCACGUGUCCCUCCCCUACAACGAUAAAUACUCAGCCCCUCCUCUUCGUUCCUUCCCUUUUCUCCUCCUUUCCUCCCCACGCUACACUCAAAUGAUCAUGAGUUCCUCAGCCAUGCUCUUCAACCACGAACCGAUCCACUUUAACCGGUUUGAGUGCCCGGUUCAAGAAACCGGACUCACAACAGCCGACAUCCAGGAACUGCUGUCCCUGCUCCAAGAGGGAAACUCGGCCUCUCCAAACUCCGGUUCAGAGGAUUCGAACCGGGCAGUUUACUCGGUGGACGAGAAAAAGCUUAGGCGCAAGAAGUCGAACCGUGAGUCAGCCCGGCGGUCCAGAUGGAGAAAGAAGAGGCACUUUGAGGACCUGACCAACGAUGUGAACCGGUUGAAAGUAGGGAACCGGGACCUGAAGAAGCGGUUGGGCGUAGUUGCCCAAAAGUGUCACGUAACAUGGAGAGAAAAUGACCGGUUGACGUCCGAGUCCCUAGCCCUAAGGGCCAGACUUUCGGAUUUAUACCGGAAUUUUGUUGGCAUGCAGAUGCUGUCACAAUAA